AUGCUAGAGAAGCUUCCCACAAUUCUGCAAAUUGAAAUUUGCAAACACCUCAAUGGCGCAGACCUCAUUAAUCUGUGUGAAGCAAUGCCCAACAUGGAGUGGGUCCUCGACUCCGUCAUUUUUAAAGGUACUUUACACAAUUACUUGCGACAAAUGGAGUGGGUGGACGCAACACUUCACCAUAUGCUGUAUUCUACACUUUCGAAGAUGAAGGCAGGGGCAAAUGCCGAUUCAGAGGUGGAGACGGAGUCAGAGGCAGAGGUUCUUUGUAAGGCGAUACGAUACUACCAACAGGAUUGCCAAUACCGUGCAAAGUGCCUGAAACAAGACUUACCUAACCACAACAGAGUUAUCCACUUUAUGGUGCUUGGGAGGACCAUGAUAGAUUUGGGUCUCCUUGUUCCUUUUAUGAACACGCUCCGUGAUUGGAAUUAUAAGUGUGGAGAACGCCUUUAUCAAAACUGCUCCCUUGGCGGUGGAGUUAGAGGAACAGUUGCUCGCAUAUCUAACUUUGAUAUUCAUUUUAAUAUUAACAACUUAAUUGAAGAAGGUGAUCAACACCAAAAGAAUCUCCGGAUGCCCAUCAUCCGCCAAUUCGACGGCUUGGUGUACGUGAUUGAUUCUACAACGCAGUGCCGUGCUAGACGCGGUCUACCACGCGGCUUGAAAUUUCUUAUGACCAACAUUGCCUCCGGUGUUACGCUUCGCCCUCUGGUGCUGCUCAUCCUGGACACGUUAAUAGGAUGGACGUCCGGUCAAGCAGAUUGUCUUGUUGCCAAUCUCCACACACUCGACGAUGGUGCUUUCCGAGGAAGUACACAGUCGCCAGCAAGUGUCUCGCCUUGCAAUUGGUGGAGAGUGUGGCGUCUGCACCAGGAAGAUGGGAAGUUGGUCAACAUGUAUGAAGCCUUCCAAUGGGCCGCAUGGCAAAUCGCCGCUACCAGCGCAGAAUCGAGUAGUCCAGGCCAGAGUACGCAACCCGAAUAA